ACAUCUCCACGCCUCUAUAGAUUUCAACUUUCUGUUGACUUCAGUUGUUUUCUUCCUCAAAUUGCGAUUAGAAACCCUAAUCCUUUUCAUUAUUCCGAUCUGUCCCACUCUUUUAAUGCUUAUAAAUGCACAUACAAUCUCACUUGCAGAUUCAACACAUGUCAGUCUGCCGUCUCUUAUCUGUCAACUCCAUCUACCGACUCAUCUCUCUUCCAUAAACCUCCAUAGAUUCUCCGCAAUACGCAUCUCAAAUGGAGCCGCCGUUGUGCAUAUUGGUAACUGGUGGUGCCGGAUAUAUAGGGAGUCACACCGUGUUGCAGCUGCUGUUAGACGGUUAUAAGGCGGUGGUGGUUGACAAUCUCGAUAAUUCCUCUGAAGUCGCUAUCAAUCGAGUUCAAGAACUCGCCGGUGAUCUUGCUUUUAACCUAUCUUUUCACAAGAUGGACAUCCGGGAUAAGCCUGCACUAGAGAAGCUUUUUGCCUCCACAAAGUUUGAUGCUGUUAUACAUUUUGCUGGAUUAAAGGCAGUUGGUGAAAGUGUAGAGAAGCCAUUGAUGUACUACAACAACAAUAUCAUUGGUACUUUAACUCUGUUGCAAGUCAUGACUGCCUAUGGAUGCAAAAAGCUUGUGUUUUCAUCAUCUGCUACUGUUUAUGGGUCACCAAAGGAGGUACCAUGCACAGAAGAGUUUCCUUUGUCUGCAGUCAACCCAUACGGACGGACCAAGCUGAUGAUUGAGGAGAUAUGCCGUGAUAUAUACAGCUCAGAUCCGGAUUGGAAAAUAUUAUUGUUGCGUUUUUUUAAUCCAAUUGGUGCACAUCCUAGUGGCAAAAUAGGUGAAGAUCCUCAUGGAAUACCAAAUAAUCUUAUGCCAUUUCUUCAACAAGUUGCUGUUGGGAGGCAACCUAAACUCCAAGUAUUUGGGACUGAUUACUCAACAAAAGAUGGAACUGGGGUUCGGGAUUACAUCCAUGUUGUAGAUUUAGCAGAUGGACAUGCUGCUGCAUUGAGAAAGCUCUCUGAUCCUAAAAUAGGUUGUGAAGUUUAUAACUUGGGGACAGGUAAAGGGACAUCUGUUUUGGAGCUGGUGUCUGCAUUUGAAAAGGCUUCAGGAAAGAAAAUCCCGAUGGAAAAGACGGGGAGAAGGCGUGGUGAUGCUGAGAUUAUAUACGCGUCAACAGCAAAGGCGGAACGUGAAUUGAACUGGAAGGCAAAGUAUGGAUUAGAAGAGAUGUGUAGAGAUCAAUGGAAUUGGGCCAGCAAAAACCCCCAAGGCUAUCAAAGCGAAGAGUAACGAUAUUCUAUUAUGUUAUAUAUAUAUAUAUAUAUAUAUAUAUAUAUAUAUAUAUAUAUAUAUAUAUAUAUAUAUAUAUAUAUAUAUGUUCUACAUUUGUUUUUAUAGGAAGCAAAAUGAUACAAACACACACACACCACUACCAUUUGAAUAAUCUAUAGCUUAUCCUACAUGAUAUCAAUAAUGUGCACUUUUGGUAUUGUGGUGAUGUAGUCAACUAACUCAACCAGAUGAUUAUUGACAAGAUCCAUCUAAACCUCAAUAUGUUUGCUUCUUUAUUAGUUAACAAUCAGAUUCUUGGGUAACUUUAUUUUCGACAUUUUAUUACAUUAUAUAAUAAUGUUUCCUUUGUGUUUGCUUCAAA